AUGAAGUGGUAUGAUGACAGAGCAAAUAAAAUCGAUCUCAAAACGGCAACUGGGCAGACAGCAAGCCAGACAAAUGCUGAAGACAGCGAUGAAGAAAGUUUGGUCUCUGUAAAACAACGAAUCCAGAGACUGGAGGAAACGAAAUCAAUGACUUUAACACGAUAUCAAGAUGGCCGCAAGAAGCGUGUGCCACCACCCGUUCCCGCCAAACCUCGAUCGAUUUCUCUACGUGGUGCCGGGGAUGUUUCUGGCAUGUCAAGAGUCUUACCAAUAUUGAACCAGCAACAUCAGAAUGACCUGCACUCACAGUUACAAGAUUCACAGAUGGCCAGGUCGUUAAAUGAUCUCAGUCUAACAGACGAUACUUCUGGUGUUUCCAGUGAACCGAAUGUUACUCCCUCCGUACAUAGGAUGCUAUACAACAACCCUCACUCUACUCUACCCAGAUUGAGGAGUGGCUCGGCUUGCAAUCCAGCGACCGGAUAUUCAUGGAGUGUACCUUCUGCUCAAGAAAACAGUGGCAACACACAAACUCUACCGGAUUCUGUGGAUCAUACUACUGACAUACAGUCGGACACGCCUGCAUAUAACAACACAAAGACAACUUCUAUUUACUCCCUGUUACUACCAAACCGAACACGCUUAGGAAAAUGUGUGGCAUCAGGUCGUGCUAGCAUUGGGUCUAUGCCUUUAAAGCAUACGGAACGAGCAUAUUAUAAGCAACAAGACAGUGGUUGGAGACCGAUUAACGAGUCAGAUGUUUCGCGUUGUUCGUCACCAGAUAUAUACGUCAAAUACCAUUCACCACAACUUACUGACAUUUCCAAGGUAAAUACCAAUUCCACACCUAAUCUAUUUAUUGACGAAGCUGCUAAAAUGGGCGAGAAAAAAUCCAUCUCCAAGACUCAAAUUGACCCUAUGUCCUCUAGCUUUCCCAAUGAAAUAAUGUUUCAAAACGGAUGUCGUAGUUUCGAGACACCUGAAAGAAAAAUGUCAAUAGAAAACAAUACAGAAACUUUAUCAGGUAAGUCCGAGCCACACAAUCUGGAAAACGGAAAUCAAUCAAAAAGUUCGUCCGAUAUUGAUAAAAUUGCUUGUGAUAUUAACAAAAACAAUAUUCCUGAACAAGAAUCAAAAAAGGUUCAACAGAAAGAGGAUAGCAUUCCAGUUAAACCAAUUGUUCCUAUUAAAAGUAAGAAAUUGAAUGCUAAAUCUAAUAAAUCUAAGAAAUCACAUUCUGGAAGUCAUCAUUCCCGGGAAUUAUCGCAAGAGGAAGUUGAAUUUGAAGAAAAAGCAAAAGAUUUGUAUAAAGACUUGAAUGAAAACGAUAAAGAAUUAUUAAGUGUUUUAAAGCCGAACAACAAACGUGCUACGGAUUAUGUUAAGAGUGUUUUUGAUAUACAGAUUAGAUCAAGUCGUUCAACAGCUUUACAAGAACAUCUAGAAAACCAAACACAGACGGAAGGGAAAGAAAAUACAAACGAAGAAAACUGUUCUACAGAUGUGAUUUCGAAAGAAGCUCCAACCCCAGAUCAACAAGACAACAAGGUUGAUGAUAACUGUAUUCUAAAGAAAAAGGAAGAACUGAAAGAGUCCAUUCGAAAAAAACUAGAAGCUCUACAAGUCGUCAAACAAACCAUUGAACGAGAGACCAAAGAUAUCAAUAAUUUAGGAGAAAAGAUCCUUAAUUCUUUGGAAGAACUGUGUGAUAAUCCACAAGAGAAAAAUAAAUAUCGAGCUUAUAUUGAAGAUUUACUCAUGGUUAUGCGAUUGUUAAUGAAAUUAUCAGUUCUGCUCGCCAGAGCAGAAAAUUCAGCCAAUUGUGCUGACGAAACACGAAGGAGACUUGCUAUUGAGAAACGAGACCGAUUACACGGACAAUAUCAGGAGGCAAAACAGCUGAAAUCUGAUAUCGAUCGGAGGCAAGAGCCAAUUGAAAGCAUAUUGUGUCGUUAUUUGCCGGAUUCUGGUAUCAGAGAUUUCCAUCGUUAUAUUUUAAUGAAGAUCAAAUUAAUUAUAGAACAACAAGAUGUUGAAGAUAAAAUCUUUCUUGCACAAGAACAAUUAGUUGUUGUAAAACGCAGUCUUCCAAUGUCCUAUUCUAAUACACUUCAGAGACUUUCAAAGGAUUCUGUUCCCAAAUAGUAUUAUUUCUUCCCCUCCCACUGUCUGUCCCCAGCACUGCUUACUUGUUAAUUUGUAUGUUGUUUGUUGAAUCUGUUAUUUAAUGUUAUUUAGUCCCAGAUCAACUCUGAUCUAACAUACCUUUGAACAAAGACGUUCUAACAGUAAAUAUCUUGCGUUUUAUUUUUCUUUUUUUCAGACAAGAUGUAUUUAAAACUACAUUAUCCUUUGAUGUUGUGGAGGCGCAAUGGCCCAGUGGUUAGGGCAACGAACUAGCGGUCGAAGGAUCGCGGUUUCUUUUCCCAGACCGGGCGUUGUGAGUAUUUAUUGAGCGAAAACACCUAAAGAUCCACGAGGCUCCGGCAGUGGGUGGUGGCGAACCCUGCUGUACUCUUUCGCCGCAACUUUCUCUCAUUCUAUCUUCCUGUUUCUGUUGUACCUGUAUUUCAAAGGGCCAGCCUUGUCACACUCUAUGUCACGCUGAAUAUCCCCCGAGAACUACGUUAAGGGUACACGUGUCUGUGGAGUGCUCAGCCACUUGCACGUUAAUUUCACGAGCAGGCUGUUCAAUUGAUCCGAUCAACUGGCACCCUCAUCGUCGUAACCGACGGAGUGCCAACCAACCAACCAACCAUCCUUUGAUGUUCCUCCAUUUUGAAAACAAUAGAAUGUGAUUUGAAAGAUUUCACUGCUAUUUUCAAUAACUCAAGCGAUCGUGCACAGGUUUCCACAAUGGCAUGUUACUAAUUUUGUUGUUGUUGUGUGGACUCAGUUCAACGCUGACCUGUGAUCAAAGACGUUUUAGUCUUGACUAUCCGACAGUGGUCAAACAGAGUAUCUAAGUUUGAAUUAUGCAAUGUACUUUCUUCUUUAUGGUGAAAAACGUGUCAUUAGAAUGAAAUUUGACUGGCUGUAAUUUCUAGUUAAAAGAGCAACCAAGUCGAUGUCACCCCGUUGGAUUGUGGUUGCUUGUUUGUGUGUGAGCGUUUGCGUGUGUGUGUUAGUGAGUGAUCAUUGGUGCUCUCAGAAUCAAUGAAGUUUAUAGAUGGGUUAAAGAGAUCGCUCUACUAACUACUAUUCACCCUAUGGGUGUCAUUUACUAUAUAAAUUCACCACUUUGUACUAUGUAUGUAUAUCACCUUCUUUCAUAUUUAUGUGCUUACUCUGGUAUACAUGUAUGUAUAUAGAUGCAUAUAUACGUGCGGGUAAAUGUGAAUAUGCAUACACAUACACACACACACAAAUAUGUAUGUGUAUGCACCCACAUACGCACACACUAUGCCGUAUGGAAAUCUCUUUUACAAUGGGUGCUUGUUGUAGCUAUCAAGUGACAUACAUUGCUAUUUAUGCGUGGAGAGAGUACAUAGAUAAUUUUCAUAGCAAUAUGUCUAUAUUUAUGUGUGAGAGCAUGUAAGUGUGUCUGAUGAAUAGGGGUGUAAGAUACAAGGACGCCAGUCAAAGAUAAUCACCAGAAACUGAAGAAAUUAUUGUUUGGUCUGGUUCGGUUGAGACACAUCUCACUUGCAAUGUCUUCUUUAUGUUUUAAAAAUAGGAGAAUUAAUAGACACUAUAGCCAGCAAGGAGGCACAAGUAAAACGAGAGACUCAGUCUUCGGUUGCCUGACAGCUCUAAUAAUAAUUUCUUUAUUGGUGACAAGGGCGUGUAAUAGUGUUAAUCAUAAGAAGCAUAAGUUGUGAUAUAGACUUGUGCCGUGAAUCACGUCUCGUAUAUCAAUUAAGAUAUCUAAUUCUCAUUGGUUCGUUUCAACUAACUGCUCAAAGAUACCGUAUGGAGGCGCAUUACAUUCUCCAUAAGAGGCAAAGGCUUGUAGAUCAGUUGUGGAUGAUCUACGGCCCACAGGACUUUCUGAAUGGCACGGCGAACAAAAACUUACGUUAAAUGUAUUUUGGAGUGCGGCUCGCCAGAUUAUGAGCCAUGUCUCAUGCGGGCCUGCUUCUCGGGAAAGGUUUCCCAUGCCUGGUAAAGGUGAUGGUAUCCCUGACUUGCUGUAAAUUGUUAGCACAAGUCCUAUUGUGGACAUUAUCUGCAUAAGGCUAACGUCCCUGUCAGAAUAAAAAAAAAACUUCUCCCUCUCUCUCUCUCUCUCUCUCUCUCUCUCUCUCUCUCUCUCUCUCUCUCUCUCUCUCUCUCUCUCUCUCUCUCUCUAUCUCUGGUAAAAGAAAGCAAAUAAAAAUGGGAAGUUAUUUCAAGCAGAGCGGUGGUGGUGUAUAUGUUCAAUUGUAAUUAUAAAUGUGAGAGUAUGAGUGGUUAUGUAAGUACAGUGCCGGAUCUAAUGCGUAUAUGUGCAUGUGAUUGGCUAUAUAUAUAAAUAUUGAAUGUUAUUGAUGAAGUAUGAAUGCAUCUCCAUUUCUAUGUACAAAUUGUGCAAUAUUAUUAUUAUUAUAGAUGUUUUCGAUCUAGUUUGGAUUCUUUUCCAUCAAAUUUGAAUUCUUUGCAAUCAAAUUUGAUGACAAAGAAUCCAAACUAGAUCGAAAACAUCUAUAUUAUUUAGGCGAUGAGCUGGCAGGAUCGUUACUGCGCCGGAAAAAAUGCUUAGCGUCAUUUCUUCCGGCUUUUUACGUUCUGACUUCACAUUCCGCCAGAGUCAACUUUGCCUUUCACCCUUUCAGGAUUGUGGAGUAAUUGACUAGCACCCUCCUAACAAAUUUCAGGCCUUGUACUUUUAGAAGAAAGAAAAAAAAUUAUUAUUAUUAUUAUUAUUAUUAUUAUUAUUAUUAUUAUUAUUAUUAUUGAACACUUGAGAAUUACAUGAAGAAAAAUAAUUAAAUCAGCAAAGACCAGAA